AUGGAGGAGCACAACCAGCAGCUAGAGCAGCAAGUGCAUACCCUAACAGAGCAACGCAAACGCGAGGAACAACUGCAGCAGGAUCGCCAGAAGGUGCACGACGCGCGGAUCGAGGCUCAGGCGCAAAUCAUCGGGAAGAUGCAGACACAGAUCGGGCACUCUUCACUGCUGCAGACGAAGGGCGCAUCCUCGAUAUUGGGCCUCUUGACGCGCGACGCGGCGGAGAAGGAGCAGGACGUGCUGAAGAAAGACCUCGAGAAGGCGCGGGAGAUUAUCAAGGAGAAGGAGGACUUGGUCAAGCAACGCGAUGCCCGAAUAGUGGAGCUAGAACAACAAGAGCGGUACACAGUCAAAGAAUUCCAGUUCGAGCUCAAGAUGGAGCGGGAGCAAAAUAAGCAAGGUGGCCGAAAUGCUCCUCCGUCGGUCCAGCGGAAUGCAGCCGUGAAAGGACAAAUCGACGACCCCAAACCUGCCGCGGUGCUCAGCUUCUACGAGGACCUGACGAACAUCAUCAUACCCAACGUCAAGCCUCAGCCGCCACAGUACUUGACCGAGCCCGAGUACGACCUGCACUGUGUCUACACGCAUGCAGCCACCGACGAGCAGGCCGGCUCGCAAGUCCGAGCGCUCGAGUUCGUCCUCCGCCUCACGUAUAACGUCGCGGCAGGCGAAGAGAGUAACGAGAUUAAAUCUCGGGAUCAGCUCCUGCCGGCGGUGCAGUAUACACCUAUCAAUCUCGAGAAGGAGAAGGAGGACUUUGUCCAGCGGUUAGACUUCCUGAACAAUGUCUUCACCUUCCAGCGCGACCAGUUGCCGUUAUUCUUGCACACGCUGCAGACGAAGUUCAAGGAGUACUUAGAGCCUGGCGAGGAGUCGGACCCGGAUCAGUCCAUGGAAGAAAGCUAG